UACCGACUGAGAGAUAUAAUUAUAUGAAGAAUUUUGUUUUUCUUUUUUCCCUGUAUUAUAUGAUUUUAUUCCUUUAGAAAACACAAAAUACAAAAGAAAAAAAAACAUUUAUAAACCGAUUGAGCAUCACUCCUUGCAAGCCUGUUGGUGCUGAAGUUAUACCACGAACGGAUGUGAGGAAAGGGUGCAUUGAAAGACUCAACCCCUUUUUCUUUCUAUCCCUCUGUUUCUUUUCUGUUCGCUUAAACAAUAGAGAGAGCGAGUCACAGACACUGAACCUGCUUUCAUGCCGUCAGUCUCGCGGACUCUGAGAUGGACGUGAGAUUCUAUCCGGCACCCCCUUCGAGCGUGGGUUCAUGUUCAUUACCGACCGAUUCGAGUUGCCUGGGCUCUUUGGACUAUUACCACUGCAACAAGAGCAGAUACAGCACAGGCGAGCGCGGGGUUAGGCUCUACAGCACACUGCCAAUGUGCCCCAACCCCGGCGGGAAAAGACUGCCCUCUGCUGGGUUUGAUGGUGACAACAUGUACAUGAAUGAAAAUAACCAGGAGUUUCUCUCUCCAAAUCAGAACUACUCCGGUCAGGGCGGGGGGAGUGGCAACGGAGCGGGCGACGAGGACUACGAGAUCCCCCCCAUCACGCCCCCCAAUCACCCGGACCCCUCCCUGCUGCACCUGAUGGACCCCGAGUCGGGCUAUCUCUGCCACUCCUUGCCUCACAACGGCCUCAUCAACCCUUACUCCUACCCGGAGCUGCCCGCCAUUAUGAUGUCCAACAUGCUGGCACAGGAUGGACACCUGCUGUCUGGCCAAAUGCCCUCUAUCCAGGAGAUGGCUCACCCAGACGGCCCACAUUAUGACUCCGCCCAUCAGGGCCCCCUGAUAAACAGAUCACCUAGGAUACUGUCCCAUCACAUGAGCGCACUGUCCCAGCUGAGCUCUCAGGUUGGCCUGCGAAGUGCCCUUACCCAUGGUUCCCCCUCACCUCCAGGAAGCAAAUCAGCCACGCCCUCCCCCUCCAGCUCCGCCCAGGAAGAGGAAACUGAUUCCCACUCAAAGAUUGCCGGGGAGAAGCGGCCCUCGUCUGAGAUGAUCAAGAAGCCCAAGCCCCAGAAGAAGAAGAAGAAGAAGGACCCCAACGAGCCGCAGAAGCCCGUCUCGGCCUACGCGCUCUUCUUCAGGGACACGCAGGCCGCCAUUAAGGGCCAGAACCCCAACGCCACUUUCGGAGACGUCUCCAAGAUUGUGGCCUCCAUGUGGGACAGCCUGGGAGAGGAGCAGAAGCAGGGGUACAAGAGGAAAACAGAGGCUGCCAAGAAGGAGUACCUGAAAGCCCUGGCCGCCUACAGAGCCAGCCUGGUUUCCAAGACCUACAGUGACCCAGCGGAGUCAAAAAGUGCCCAAACAAGCCAGUCUUCACACAUGAUGCCACCGAAGCAGCCCCUGUACAGCGUACCCCCCCAGCCUUCCUCCCCGUACCUGGGCCCGGGGUCCUUCCCGCUGUCCGACCUGCAGAGCUACGCCGGGCCCCCCCGGCACGGCCUCUCUCGAACCCUCAGCCAGUCCCAGAUGUUGCCCAGCAUUAGUGCCUCUCCCCCUUCCUCCUUCCAGAUCAGCCCGCCCCUGCACCAGCAGCUCUCCCUGCACCAGAGCUCUCUCCUCAACCAGCCAAUCCGCAUGCAGCAGGUCCAGUCACAGCCAAUCAUCUCCCACCAGAUGGGGCUUCAGGCUUCUCUUCACUCACCUCCGCCUGGCCAGCAGGGAUUCCCUCACAUCCAGUCCGAGUAUCAGAACAGUGUUGGGUCUCAGUCCCCAGGGGCGCCGAACCCAGUGGGCGGACAGAACCCAGAGUGGGACGGCGAGUAUUGCAAUCGAGAGUGUGGCGGCAACCACUGCAGCAGCACCAUGAUAGCCAGGGACAAGCCACUCUACCUCACUUGAAGCUGGAUGACCUUGAGAAGAAGAAAAGACACCAGGGAGCCCC